UUAUACUUUUUGUAUUCUUGUUUGACGGAUACCUCUAAUAUGGAAGAACCUUACGUAUGCAAGCCAUUCUCAAUAAAAAUCCCGGUGUUGGAUUGUGUGGAAUGUUAUUGUUAUAACAAGAAAGAUAUUAGACUGGGAGGUGACAAAGAAAAAUGUUUUCAGAAGGAAGAGGAGUCUGGCAGUCCCUUAGCUACCCAAGCUAUCGGCAAUAAAAAUUCAAGAGAAGAGGAGUCAGUCAUAUGCAAGCCAUGCAGAAUUGUCCUUCUUAAGUGUGACUUUGGCUUGGAGGAUAGAUGUACCAUUCGUGUUGAUGAAAAUGCUCUCCAGACAAUUGACCAUGAUGUAAAGAAGGACAGCUCCAGUCCGUCUGAUGACUCCACCUCCAAAGUUAAAGACUGUUUAGAAACUGUGGGGACCACCUUUAGUGUAUAUGCAGCUGUUAUUGCAGGAGACCAAUUUUACAACGGGAAAGAUAUCGGACUUGGAGAUGAAAAGAAUCUCUGUUGUCAAAAGAAAGAUGAGUCUUGCAGUCCCUUAGGUACUCAAGCCAUCUGCAAUAAAAAUCUGACAGAAGAGGAGUCAGUCAUAUGCAAACCAUGCAGAAUUGACCUUCUGAAGUGUGACAUCGGCUUGGAUAGAUGUUCCAUUCCCCGGGCAAUUGACCAUUAUGUGAAAAAAGACGGCUUUCGUCAAUCCGAUGACUCCACCUCCAAAGUCGAGCAGGGUCUAGAAACUGUGGGGACCCUCUUUACUAAGAAGGGCAACUUUACACAAGUCAAGGAGCUUUCGGAAGUUGUGGGGAGCCCAGCUAAUGUUGAUAUGGCAAGUGUCUGCAGACCAUGCUCAGUUCAACUGAAAAAUGUAAUGCCUAAAACAGUGAGCAACACCGCAGCGAUUGAAAACCAAGGUUUUAAAUCGUUAUGUAAACCAUGUUCUCGUCCAGACAAAAGUGCCCGUCCAAAUGCUGAUAGGAAUGAUACUGAUACCUCUAAAGAGUCUCUUUCAUCUUUUGUUUACGCCGAAACAGAAGACUAUAAUCUCAAAAAAGGUAACGCCAACUCUGAUCUGCAGGAAAGUGGAGUGCGCUCGACCCCAGUUGCUGAUGUGCAGGAAAGUGGAGUGAGCUCCACCCCAGUUACUGAUGUGAACAAAUGCACACCUUGUUCAGUGCGGCUCAAACUUCUAGAAAUUGAAAAGUCUUGUGGUACUCCGAAAGCAAAAUUUGCCACCUCUAGACAAAUAGAGGUUGGUACAGUCGGCAAAAGUGUGACUGAAGAAGUGGAAAAUGACGAAAACAUUGCUGAGAAUGUGCAACCAAUUAGUGAGCCAUGUGCCGAACAAAUAAAAACAAAUGACAGUCCAAAUUCCGCAGUGGUGAAGACAUCAGAAGGCAAUGAUUUUAUCCCACCAGAUUUUCAGGCCUCUCUCACGAACUUGACAUCGAGGACCAAAAAGUGCUCCAUAAUGCCAAGUCCAGUCUCGUCGCACCAUAAUUGUAAACCUUGUUCCAUUUCCAUUAAAAGACUGAAGCUGAAUGAUUCAUUUGCAACCGUGCCGAAUGCUGAUGGUGGUCCUCCAUCUACUUGCAAGGAAAGUGGUGAUAACGAGCAGAAGCAGAAUGCAUCACCAUUCAGUUUAGCUGAACAUUAUAUCCCAAAACUUCUCAAUGUACGCUAUCUCAAUAGGACCCAGUCGCCCCUCCUUCCCAUGUCUGUCAAUAGAAAUUCGUCGUCUUGCUCGACAAAUUCCAGUGACGUAAAUGACACAGAGGUAAAGAAGCCUUCCGGAGCAGGAAGUACGAAUCGGAGAAGUCGAAAGAGACCCAGAAAAUGCUUGAUAAAGCAAUUGAAACGCAGAGUGGCGAGAGUGAAACACCAUGACACUGGCAGUGAAUUCUCUUCAUCUGACCUUGAAUCUUCCUCCGACCUUGAAUCAUCUUCCUGUGAAAAUGAAAGAAAUGACAACGAUUUCCCACCUGUUCUCCCUUCCAGAAGGAAGUUAAAAGGAGGAAUUUUCAAGAGAAAGAAUGGUGCUAACAGACCACUUGAUGUCAAGGGGAUGCAGGUGGAGAAAGGCAGUGAUGGAUGUGUUGGAAGCAGAGGGAAAGCUGUUUCAAGAGAUAAAACAUGCACAGACACAAAGGACCGCUUUAGAUGUCCCUAUUGCCCUUCAUCUUUCAGCACGCCCUACAAAUACUUCAACAACAUGAUCACGCACAUGUAUGCAAAGCACUCGGAUGUUAGUGUCGAUGAGGUCAAAAAGAUUACUGCAGAACACUACUUGGAUGAAACGGAAUAAUCAAAUUAAAAUUGAAAUCAAACAAGUACUGAGUCAACUGACGACUUGAUAAAGUUUUUUAGGUGAGGUACAUAGUUUUGGUUAGGUGCUUUUACGCAUACAUGUACAUGUAUGUGUUCAUUUACACCAGAAUGUGUUCAGUGUAAUUGAUAUAAGAGUCUUUAUAUGUGUUUCCUUGUCUCUGUAUAUAAGCUAGUUUGUAGGCCUAUACUCUGUUUUGUGAUGGAUGUUUAGGUCCUUGGUUCUAACUUGUGUGUUCAUAUAGGUUCCAAUGUAUUUACACUACAGCUGUAAUUUUAGGUAACCGGAAAAACGCCGACCGACCGACUGACCGACUGACCUACGAACCUACCGUCAUAUGCAGUAUCCCUUUCGCUUUCUAUGGCACAUGUAUCUGUGUAGUGCCUUGCGCAAUUGACGUGAUGGAGUCCGACGUGUCUGACAGCAGCAUCUCCAGUCAAUUAUACCGGGAAAACGAGCCCACGCGGUAAGGAACUGAUAACGAUACUCUAAAGAUAUGCUUUGUCCACAUGGUCGGUGGAUAUAAAAACAUGAUUUGGGCCUAAUCUAUGCACUGUAGUUUUUCUACUCGAGUGUCUCGACCGAUGCAAUGCAUGAACUGCAACGCGCAAUAUGCAUUUGUUGUCAUUUGAACAGCGCACGUGCGCUUGUUUACAAUUUCAUUUCACAUGACCUGCUGCUGUCCGACACGUCCAUUGCGCUGGGCACUACACAGAUACAUGUGCUAUAGAGAAGCGAAAGGGAUACUGCAUAUGACGGUAGGUUGGCAGGUCAGUCGGUCGGUCGGUCGGUCGGUCGGUCGGCGUUUUUCCGGUUACCGUAAUUUUAAGUACUGUGUCUGCUCAAUUAAGUGAGCCUGAUAAGAGGGAGAGGAAAAAUAUUUUAAGAUGAAGUCAAGGAAAGGUUUUUGACCGACUGUAAAGCGCAUUUAGCUGGAGAGCUGAGAGCAGGUUGUCAAGACUACAGAAUGCAUAAAGUUGUCAAACAUGUCAGAAUCAUUCGAAAAUAUAGUUUUCUGGGAUACCUAAAUAAUAUGACUAAAGUGUCUCUAUGCAUAUUUGAAGUUUUCGAGCAAUUAUUGAGGAAUAACUUUCUAUGCCUGAAUAAAACUUCAUUUUUCUA